AUGGUUUUCUGGAAUGGAACAGAUAUCGGGUUGGCAGUCAUUGGUGGUGCUCUUAUAGGCAUCGCUACAUCGCUCCACUACGUAGUAAAAGGCAGAGUGACUGGAUUCAGUGGAAUUUUAUACAGCAUCGCCACCUAUGACCUUCCAUCAUUUUUUUGGAAGGUUUCCUUGAUGAUGGGCGUGAUAAUGGCCUCAAGUAUUUUUUACUUAGCAUUUGGGUACGAAUAAAUUAUAUUUUUAUAGUACAGAAAAAGCAAUUAUUGAUGGAGGCACUCAUGCCUAUGAUGACUUAUCAGUUCUAACUUAAAUCGGAUGGGGAGGAGCAAUCGUAGCUGGAUUUUGUGUGGGAUUCGGUACUAAAAUGGGCAACGGAUGCACAAGUGGCCACGGUGUAUGUGGAUUACCAAGGUUGGCUCCGAGAUCAAUUGUUGCAGUCUGUUGUUUUAUGGGAAUGGGGAUGCUGACCGCCUCAAUUAAAGAAAACUUUAGUAUUCAUAUAAAGCUAAUUUUAAGUUCCGUUGGAACAUCCAGAACCAAUUGAUUAUGAUCAUGAAGCUUGUGCCAUAACAACAUUAGUUUUAAGUUUUGUAAUCAUCCUCGUUAUGGCUGGAUUUUAAUUCGUCAAGAAAAGGGAAUUAAUGCUUGACUUAGCCAUAGCAACAGUAGUCGGAUUUAUUUUUGGAUUAGGCUUGGCAAUAUCUGGUAUGGUGAAAAGAAGCAAAAUUAUUGGAUUCCUAGCAAUAAAUGAAAGAUGGGAUCGUAAUAUUAUAGUGUAUAUUGUUAGCUACUCUCAUUUUUGUGAUGGUCACUCCAGUAGUCAUUAAUUUCUUUGCUUUUAGAGCCAAAGAGAAACCAUAUUUGAAUAAAAAAUAUGAAAUUCCAACCAAUAAUGUCAUAGAUUGGAAACUCGUAUGUGGAGCUAUGAUAUUUGGAUUUGGAUGGGGAGUAGGUGGAUUCUGUCCUGGCCCUGCAUUUGCACUUUUCCCAUAAUUCACAGUCCAUAUCAAUGUUUUAUUUAUGUUAACUCUUGUUAUGGGACAAUUAUCAGCUAAUUACUUUGUGAAAUGGGUGGAUGAGAGAAAGAAAUAUGAUCAAAUUAAGCCUCAACCUGAAUAAUAAUCAAAAGAACAAUAGCAAAAGGAUCAAAUACCAGAUAUAUCUAAAUAAUAACUUGCAGAAACCCCAAGCGAUAGAAAGAAUGAUGCUCCAGACAAUACUGCAAAAAUAAAUUGA